CUCGCUGAUACCGUUCACGACGUCUGGGUCGCUCGUGGAUUGCGUCGACAGAAAGAUGCUCGUGGUCCUCAGAGAUGGUAGAAAGCUGCAUGGGGUGCUGAGGUCGUACGAUCAGUUUGCAAACCUGGUUCUUGAAGACACAGUAGAACGUAUAUACCAUCAGGACGUAUACGCAGAGAUGAAACGCGGACUGUACCUCAUCAGAGGGGAGAACGUGGUUCUGCUUGGCGAGAUUGAUCUUGAUCAAGAGGAUGACGUGCCUCUUAAACAAGUAGACUGGGAGACUCUCGAGCCGUAUCAUCAGAAAGAUAUCGCAGACAAGAAGGCGCGAGACGAGCUGAAGGCGAACGUUCUCUUCGAGAAACGUGGCUUCUGUAAAGAGGGCGGCGAAGGCGAUGGCUACUGAGCAGUACGACCUCAAGCGUUCACUACAUCUUGUCGACUUUAUCUCUCCUGGGAUUAGUUGAGCAGGGCUACAGUCUACCUGUGGUAGAAUGUUGCAUCAUGUGAUGCACCGGCCAGAUUCAUUACACCGCGAGCCCUAUACUCAUACAUACACACUGCUGUAACACCUUCCUACUUGUUGCUUUCGUUUUAACAUUGCAAUUGACGCCGCCAAUACUAGUUC